GGUAUCAUGACGGGAGCCAAAGGCAGUCGCUCACCCAACUGAGCCACCCAGGCGCCCCUGGCUAUGAACUCUCUUAAGCAUCAUGAACCCUUCUGAAAACCCAAAGCUAUGAAUUCUCCUGUUCUAAUCUCACCCCCAUUAAAAAAUAGGACCAGAAGAAUACAUUUUAUGUACAAAUUCCUGGGAGUUAGAGACACUACUCCAACCACCAAGCCCAUCCAAGAAGCCUAGGUUAAGAAUUCCUGUGUAGAGGGUGAACCAAGAUCGUCCGACCACCAUGUGGGGAAGAUGUUGCCAUGGCUAGGGGAGGCUUGAGAGCAACCCCGUCGUUCAGAACUGUAAGCUCAGAGAUUCUGAGAUCCUUGUCGGGCAGCCCACUCUUGAUUUUCACCUUGAGGCUAAAACCUAACACCAGCCAACCAGAAAGCCCCUGAAGGGUCGUACUGUGAAACAUCCUCUGUGUGUGAAGCAUCCGCCGUCCGUGAAGUAUGCCCGGUGCUUUCUCUCGGAGCUCAUCAGAAAGCACGAGGCUGUCCACACGGAGCCUUUGGACGAGCUGUACGAGGCAUUGGCAGAGGUCCUGAUGGCCGAGGAGCCCACCCAGUCCCACCGGAGCUAUCUGCUGCCUUCCGGAGACUCAGUCACACUCUCUGAGAGCACAGCCAUCAUUUCCCAUGGCACCACCGGCCUGGUCACGUGGGAUGCCGCACUCUACCUUGCAGAAUGGGCCAUAGAGAACCCGGCUGCCUUUGCUCACAGGAUUGUCUUAGAGCUCGGCAGUGGAGCUGGCCUCACGGGCCUGGCCAUUUGCAAGACAUGCUGUCCCAGCACGUACAUCUUCAGCGACUGUCACACCUGUGUCCUUGAGCAGCUCCGAGGAAACAUCCUUCUCAAUGGCCUCUCAUUGGAACCAGAUACCACUGACCCUGCAAGGCACCCAGGACAUAACACCUACAACUCAGAGAGCCCCAGGGUGAUGGUGGCCCAUUUGGACUGGGACGUUGUGACGGCCCCUGAGCUCGCUGCCUUCCAGCCAGACGUAAUCAUAGCAGCAGAUGUGCUGUAUUGCCCAGAGACUGUUUUCUCCCUGAUCAGAGUCCUACAGAGGCUCUCUGCUUGCCUGAAGAACCAGCAGGCUCCUGAGGCCUACAUUGCCUUCACCAUCCGCAACCCAGAGACCUGCCAGCUGUUCACGAGCGAGCUGGGCCGAGCUGGGAUCCCAUGGGAAGCAGUGCCUCAUCACAACCAGAAGCUGUUUCCCUACGAAGAGCACUCAGACAUGAAAAUUUUGAAAUUAAUGCUGUAGGUUUACAAACGUUUUUAAAGAUCAACAUGAAAAUUAAAUCACCAUCCUGGAAAGAAUUUUCAUGCGCCAAAGCUGAUAAAAUUUUCACUGGACUUGAAUGCUUGAAGAAUGCUAAAUUCAGAAUCAGGACUGCAAACUGUGUUCUAAUAAAAUAUAAACUAUUCAA